ACUUAAGGGACGUCUCGCAAGUCAGCCUGUUGCUUGCUGCAAACAACGAUGCCACCCAAAGCUGAUUGGGAGAAAUAUGAGAAGAGAGAUGAUGGGAAGGAGGAGAAGAUACAUGCGCUUACCGAGGGUGACAUCCAAAUCCUCAAGACUUAUGGACAAGGUCCUUAUGCUGCCAAAUUGAAGAAAACGGAGUCGGAUAUCAAAGAAGUUCAAAAACGCAUCGACGAGAAACUUGGCGUCAAGGAGUCGGACACUGGAUUAGCUGCACCGAACCUCUGGGACCUUAUGUCAGAUCGCAUACGCAUGAGUGAACAGCCAUUGCAGGUCGCUCGAUGUACGAAAAUUAUUCCUAUGGACGCAAAGAAGGCCGAACUCGCCCGUGCAGUGAAUCCCGCUGGGGCCGUUCAGGGACAGAAGGGUGCAGAUGAACAGGACAAAUAUGUCAUCAACAUCAAGCAGAUUGCGAAAUUCGUCGUAGGUUUAGGUGAACGCGUUGCACCAACCGAUAUUGAGGAGGGUAUGCGUGUAGGUGUCGACCGCAAUAAAUAUCAAAUACAGAUCCCACUACCACCAAAGAUCGAUGCAUCAGUUACAAUGAUGCAAGUUGAGGAGAAGCCAGAUGUGACGUACUCGGAUGUUGGCGGUUGCAAGGAGCAAAUCGAGAAGCUCCGUGAGGUCGUUGAAACACCGCUCCUCUCGCCAGAGCGUUUCGUGAGAUUGGGCAUUGACCCCCCUAAAGGCGUCCUUCUCUUCGGACCCCCUGGGACCGGAAAAACGCUUUGCGCACGUGCUGUAGCAAACCGCACCGAUGCUACGUUCAUUCGUGUGAUCGGGUCGGAAUUAGUCCAGAAGUAUGUUGGGGAAGGUGCCCGUAUGGUUCGCGAACUCUUUGAGAUGGCACGGUCCAAGAAGGCUUGUAUCAUCUUCUUUGACGAAGUUGAUGCUAUUGGUGGAGCGCGGUUUGAUGAUGGAGCAGGGGGGGACAACGAGGUUCAGAGAACGAUGUUAGAGUUGAUUAAUCAGCUGGAUGGGUUCGAUCCUCGGGGGAACAUCAAGGUACUCAUGGCUACGAACCGGCCUGACACAUUGGAUCCUGCAUUACUUAGACCAGGUCGGUUGGAUCGGCGAGUAGAAUUUUCGUUGCCGGAUGCCGAAGGUCGAACGCAUAUAUUGAAAAUUCAUGCACGGAGCAUGAGCGUGGAAAGAGACAUCCGGUUUGAACUGAUUGCACGGUUGUGUCCGAAUACAACUGGGGCAGAACUACGAUCCGUUGCAACAGAGGCAGGUAUGUUUGCCAUUCGUGCACGAAGGAAAGUUGCGACAGAACGUGACUUCCUGGAUGCGGUGGAGAAAGUGGUGAGGCAAGGGACAAAGUUCUCCUCGACUCCUCUAUAUCAGGUAUACAACUAGUAGUUUACAAUACUUUUGGAUCAGAUA